AUGCGAUAUAUGACACCCGACACGCCGGGCACGCGUUCGCUCGAGGAGCCACUGGCGACGAAGGGGACGAUGGCGAAGGGCACGGAAGCGACGCCGAUCGGGGAAGAUUUGAGCACAAUGGAGACAACCACGCCGUCUGCGACACCGACACCGACGCCAUCGCCAACCAAAGUGCCGCAGUCGGCCGCCACAACAACCGAGAAGCCCUCACGACGCGCCCUCCGGACCUAUGGCAAGAAGCGUUCUCUUCCCGACGAGACGAUCGAACAGCAAGCAAGCAAGCGACCAAAGACAGGUACAGCGAUCCUGGUAGCCGUGCCAGGGGCGGUGGCCGUGGCAGCGGCAGCACCGGAAACGGUGCUGCCACCCGUCCGGCGCGACUUUGUUGCGGACGAAGUGUCGAGACAGCUGCAAAAGGAAGCGGACGAGGCUGCGUCGAGGAACAACAGCAGCAGCAGACGGCCGCAAACACCAGUCAAGGCGACGGGCCCCAAGACCAGCCCGCGCAAGGCCGCAUCGCCACGAAGAGCAGCCAGCCCGCGCCGCGUGGGCAUCAUGCGAUACUUUCAGCCCGCGGCACGAAGCGCGCCUGCACCACCUCAUGCGCCUCCGCCACCAUCUCUGCCGGAGCCGAGCUCGCCUGCAGCAUCGAUAUCGUCAAUGUCGUCUCUCUCGUCAUGCCCGUCACCUGCCUCGUCCAUCGCCUCGUUCCGGUCGACCGCAUCAUCGGCAGUGUCAUCGCCCUCUGCCAAGUCUUCUUACUCAGUGGAUGCGGCGGCGUUUGCGGCGGCGGUCGAACCUAAGUCACCAUCAUCCUCACCUCUUUGGAAAGCUUUUGAUCAGCGACCAAGGCAGAAGCGGCGGUUGACGAUACGGCCCGACCAGCAGAUGACGACAGCGACGCCGAACACCGAAGAGGUUGCCAUGCCGACCGACAAUGGCAAUGAGAACGACAACGUCAUAAAGAAGCAGUCAGAACUGCUAGAGGAGCCAGACGAGGAGACGAAAGAAAACCGCCCGUUCGCCUCGGGCAUGAUGGCAGCAUCAAGCACGCGCAUGCGGGUGCGCCUGGGCUUGUCCAGCACGGCAACGGCAACAGCGACAACCGCAAGGAAGCGGAAAAAGACGGCGGGGGCACCAUCGGUGCAGACAACCCUGAGCCUGGCUAUCGCGUCCAGACACGGCGGAAGCAGCGACUCGGCAUCGGUGCGGGAGUGCAAGGAGUGCAACAUUCUCUACAACCCCUUGCACGAAAAGGAUGCCAAGUUCCACGCACGCUACCAUGCAUCGAUGUGCCGGAAACAAAAGGAACAAAACAGCCACGACCGCUGGCAGUCGUCUUCGGCGGCUGCGUCGACUACGGGUGCGAGGUUACGAUAA